GUCUGUGACGGAGCCGCUGGAUCAGUCGAGCUGCUCAUCGGUUCCGCUUGUCGUCCGGGUUCGAACUCACACCCUCGGCCCCAGACCUCGGUCUCCCGGGCGUCGCGUACCGACCCACAACCGAGAGGACUCACUUCAUCCGCGGGCGAACUACCGGAAGUCGUUGGGGUGAAACAGAACGUGUAGAGCCGAGAUGAGCGUGGAGGCGUACGGGCCGAGCUCCCAGACCCUCACCUUCCUGGACACCGAGGAAGCGGAGCUGCUCGGGGCGGACACCCAGGGCUCCGAGUACGACUUCACCGACUUCACGCUGCCCAGCCAGACGCAGACCCAGGGCCAGAGCCAGCUGGACGGACAGAUCAAUGGUCCUGAUGAGAAUCUGCUGAACGGAGGAGUGGACGACUCCGUGGCCAAAGCCAGUCAGCUGCUGGCCGAGCUGAACUUCGAGGAGGAUGAAGAGGACACGUACUACACCAAGGACCUGCCUGUGCACGCAUGCAGCUACUGCGGUAUCCAUGAUCCAGCCUGUGUGGUGUACUGCAACACCAGUAAGAAGUGGUUCUGUAAUGGACGUGGCAACACAUCUGGCAGCCACAUUGUGAACCACUUGGUGAGAGCCAAAUGCAAGGAGGUGACUCUGCAUAAAGAUGGGCCACUGGGAGAGACGGUGCUGGAGUGUUACAACUGCGGCUGUCGAAAUGUCUUCCUGCUGGGCUUCAUCCCGGCCAAAGCUGAUUCCGUGGUGGUGUUGCUCUGCAGGCAGCCCUGUGCUAGCCAGAGUAGCUUGAAAGACAUCAACUGGGACAGCUCUCAGUGGCAACCACUGAUCCAGGAUCGUUGCUUUCUGUCCUGGCUGGUGAAGAUCCCCUCGGAGCAGGAGCAGCUUCGGGCUCGGCAGAUCACCGCCCAGCAGAUCAACAAGCUUGAGGAGCUGUGGAAGGACAAUCCCACCGCCACCUUGGAGGACUUGGAGAAACCGGGCGUGGAUGAGGAACCCCAGCAUGUGCUGCUGCGGUACGAGGACGCCUACCAGUACCAAAACAUCUUUGGCCCACUGGUCAAACUGGAGGCUGACUACGACAAGAAGCUUAAGGAGUCCCAGACCCAAGACAAUAUAACAGUCAGGUGGGACCUGGGUCUGAAUAAAAAGCGGAUUGCCUAUUUCACACUGCCCAAGACGGAUUCAGGUGAUAUGCGGCUGAUGCAGGGUGAUGAAAUCUGCCUGCGAUACAAAGGAGAUCUGGCCCCGAUGUGGAAGGGCAUUGGUCAUGUCAUCAAAGUCCCUGAUAACUAUGGAGAUGAAAUUGCCAUCGAGCUGCGGAGCAGCGUUGGCGCUCCUGUGGAAAUCCCCCACAACUUCCAGGUGGACUUUGUGUGGAAGUCAACUUCCUUUGACAGGAUGCAAAGCGCCCUGAAGACCUUUGCAGUGGAUGAGACUUCUGUGUCUGGUUACAUUUACCACAAACUGCUGGGCCAUGAGGUGGAGGAUGUCACCAUAAAGUGCCAGCUGCCGAAGCGCUUCACUGCUCAGGGCCUACCUGACCUCAAUCACUCACAGGUGUAUGCUGUGAAGACGGUGCUGCAGAGGCCUCUCAGUCUUAUUCAGGGUCCUCCCGGCACCGGAAAGACUGUCACCUCUGCCACUAUUGUGUACCACCUGUCCCGACAGGGCAAUGGCCCAGUUCUGGUGUGUGCUCCCAGUAACAUCGCUGUGGACCAGUUGACCGAGAAGAUUGACAAGACUGGACUUAAGGUCGUCCGGCUCUGCGCCAAGAGCCGUGAGGCCAUCGAGUCACCCGUGUCUUUCCUGGCUCUGCACAACCAGAUCAGCAACAUGGACAGUAUGCCUGAGCUGCAGAAGCUGCAACAGCUGAAGGAUGAGACUGGUGAGCUGUCGUCUGCUGAUGAGAAACGCUACAGGGCUUUGAAGCGCACCGCUGAGAGGGAGCUGCUCAUGAAUGCUGAUGUGAUCUGCUGCACCUGUGUCGGGGCUGGAGACCCCCGCCUGGCCAAGAUGCAGUUCCGCUCCAUCCUGAUUGAUGAGAGCACCCAGGCCACCGAGCCGGAGUGCAUGGUGCCUGUGGUGCUGGGAGCCAAGCAGCUCAUUCUGGUGGGCGACCACUGCCAGCUCGGUCCUGUAGUGAUGUGUAAGAAGGCAGCUAAGGCAGGUCUGUCCCAGUCCUUGUUUGAGCGCUUGGUGGUUCUGGGCAUCCGACCAAUCCGCCUGCAGGUUCAGUACCGCAUGCACCCUGCCCUCAGUGCCUUCCCUUCCAACAUAUUCUACGAGGGCUCCCUGCAGAAUGGCGUCACCGCAGCUGACCGCAUUAAGAAAGGAUUUGACUUCCAGUGGCCACAGCCGGACAAGCCCAUGUUCUUCUACGUGACUCAGGGCCAGGAGGAGAUAGCCAGCUCUGGAACCUCCUACCUCAACAGGACCGAGGCUGCCAAUGUGGAGAAGAUCACCACCAGGCUGCUGAAGGCUGGAGCCAAACCCGACCAAAUCGGCAUCAUCACCCCAUACGAGGGUCAGCGCUCUUACCUGGUCCAGUACAUGCAGUUCAGUGGCUCCCUGCACACCAAACUCUAUCAGCAAGUGGAAAUUGCCAGCGUGGACGCCUUCCAGGGCAGAGAGAAGGACUUCAUCAUUCUCUCCUGCGUCCGUGCCAAUGAGCAUCAGGGCAUCGGCUUCCUGAAUGACCCUCGCCGUCUCAACGUGGCGCUGACCAGAGCCAAGUAUGGUGUGAUCAUUGUGGGGAACCCGAAGGCCCUCUCCAAGCAGCCGCUGUGGAACAACCUGCUGAACAACUACAAGGAGCAGAAGGUCCUGGUGGAGGGGCCCCUCAACAACCUGAGGGAGAGCCUCAUGCAGUUCAGCAAGCCUCGCAAGCUGGUCAACACCAUCAACCCUGGUGGGCGUUUUAUGAGCACUGCGAUGUAUGAUGCCCGAGAGGCCCUCAUCCCUGGCUCCGCCUACGACCGCAGCAAUGCCGGACGUCCGUCCAUGUACUUUCAAACUCAUGACCAGAUCGGGAUGAUUGGGGCGGGCCCCGGUCACAUGGCCGCCCUGAAUAUCCCCAUACCGUUCAACCUGGUGAUGCCUCCUAUGCCUCCACCCAGCUACUUGGGUCAGAGCAACGGCCCCUCUGCAGGUCGUGGGGCUAUGAAGGGUAAGCCUGGGCGUGGCGGGCGGCAGAGGCUCCGUGGCUCCGGGAACCAGGGCUCCGGUCAGGGUAAUGGACCAAACAGCCAGGUCAGCCAGGAUGGGGCCUCCCAGUCCUUCUCCCAGGGGCCACUGACACAAGGCUACAUAAACAUGAGCCAGCCCUCUCAGAUGAGCCAGCCUGGCCUUUCCCAGCCAGAGCUCUCCCAGGACAGCUACCUUGGAGAUGAGUUCAAGUCCCAGAUCGACGUGGCUCUGUCCCAGGACUCGACUUACCAGGGUGAACGUGCGUACCAGCAUGGCGGAGUGACUGGACUGUCACAGUAUUAAAGUGAUGCUUGAAGAAGGGAGCUAGGCUUGAGCUGAGCUUAGUUCAUCAGCUUUUUAAUCUGGGAAAUAAUAAAAACAUAAAAUGGAUACCUGUUUUCCUCUGCUACAACCGAAGCACCACCGAGUGAAAGCGACGGGAUAGCGAAACCAAACCAAUGACCAGCGAGAGAAAGAAGAGGGUAGAAGAAGAGGGCUCGAACAGAUGGGCAGGGAGAUGGCAAGAGAGGCCGAGUGAACAGGCGAGAGGCGGGGACCGAAGCCCGUGCGUAGUGAAGGAGGGAGGUCGAGAAGAUGGGGGCGUGUGGUCGAGCUGCCGAGGGAAACGGGAGACAUCCUGACGGACUCUCGUGGGAAUCCAAAUGAGGCUCAACUCCUAAACAAAAUAACCCACCCAACCCCCUGCACCUCACUGUCUCCAGGAGAGAACAGAGAAGUUCUUACAGUCAUCUUCAGAGGAGGACCCAAGCCCUCCCACCUGAACCUGAAGAACAAGUUCUCCAGACCUGGUCCGACAUGGUGGCAGAAAGCCUUCAAACAGGCAACACACAUCCCCAUCCUACGAGUCGGUUGGUUGUUCAACCUGUACGAUGUCCCGGACUAUUUUAAAUUAGGUUUCUCACGGGAGGAGAGCGGCACCAACAGUCAUCUACUGGGCCCCAGAACCUCAGCAGCCUCAGAGAAGCAGCGGUGGACGCCCUCUUGGAGAGGAAAUACAAACACGGUUUCUGUGCUUGAUAUUGAGGAGGCUUGAAUUGAAAUACCUUCCAGAUGCCUUGAGAACCACCGGUUCAGUCACAAGGUCUUUCAUGGGCUGGUUUCGACCACACGCCAGUGGUGGAGCGACGCAGGGAUUUCAGACUUUUUGUUUUUUCAAGGCAUGAGGCGCGAAUCCCUCCGAUAUCGCGAUCAUCAUGGGACAGUUUUCUUCUCUGAAGUACCUUUCUUAUCACAGAGCACAAAAUUGCAAAAAAGUCAUAGAAACUAUCAGACAUGACCAGCAUUGAAUAUUCAGCUCAGUGUCAUUUGAUGUUUCAGCGAAGGCUUUUUCCUUAUUUUAAUCUUUUGAACGGGGUUGUUGAUGUCCGGCUGUGCUUCGUGACCAGAUGUCUUCUUUUAAACGAUCUGUGUACGCUUAGAUCGGCAAAUGCUUGAGCGCUUUGCAUCGAGUGACUCCUCAGGGGAUUGUGGACUGACCACACUCGUCACGCAAAUCCCUGCUCGAGGUAAAAGAAACCAAACAAGAAACCAGGGGCGAGAGGAGGAUGGUAGUAGUGGAGGACGUGGCAAUCAAUCCACCACAGGUAAGGAGUAGAAAAGGAAGGUGGCUGAGGAAGAGGAGGAUAAGAGUAUCCACAUCUGGAAACCAAGUUCCAGUCACUGAGGGUUAAACCGUUGAAUACAAGGACUUUAUAGGCCCAACAGAUGACCACAGAUUUGACCCAGUGUCCUUUCACACGGCAUUUUGAUUUUGUGAAUGUUCACCGGCUGCACAGCCACACUGACGGUCACGUGACCCUGCCACACAAAGCACGCUGCAUAGGAGCAGCGACCAAAAUCUGCAAAUUUAUACUUUGUCGUGAGUUAUUUCAGACUUCAUAAAUGAAUCUGAACCUCGAAUAAACCCUGUAAUAGAAACAAAUCAUCUUAAUCAGGAUUCUUUGUGUGGAUUUAAAAGACACUAUCCCAGUCACAUAGUGGAGAGGCCAUUCAGCACUGAAGAGACGGCGGCAAGGAGAUAUAGAAGUGAAUGAAAAACCUGAUUCAGUGCCUAGAACCAAUCACCUUCAGAUAAACAGCUGCAGCACAAGCAUGAAUGUAGUUAAAAUCACUAAAAACUACCAGCAUUUAAUAAAAUAAAAUAACCUUCCAGACACGAGACUCAGUAUAUUUUAUUUUUCUAAUAAAACCAGAUGAGGUCAGUGAGUUGUACAGCUGGGUUGUGUUAAGGAUGGGUUGAAGAAAAGAAGAAGAAGAAAGCCACCUUCCUUCUCUGUGGGGGUCAAAGCAAAUGGAGGCUGGUAGAGUUUCUUUUGUGGACUUUUGAGUUGUGCAAAGCUGUUUUGCUCAUGUUUUCCUUGUAGAGUUUCUCUCCAGAUUUAUGUGAAUCCUAUAAAAAAAAGAAAAAAAAAUACCCCCCCCCUAUUUCCUCCAAACUUUGCUUUUGUCAGAUGAUUUGCUGCUUUGUGCCGCGUCAUGUCGUUCAGUUCGGUCGGGUGUGAUUUAGCCAUGUUUGUGUACUUUUUACUAAAAAUCCGUUUUUUGUAGCACCCUGCAGACACCGGGAACGAGGCUGUUUUCCUUUCCUUAGUUUUGUAUCUUCUCCUCGAACUGUCCGGGGACUUGUAGUUUUGUAACUCCUCCAGGGACUACGCUUUUUUCUGAAUCUGAACACAGAAUGUAUUCCACUGUUGUUUCUCACCUGCUUCUCAUCUCCACGGACAUGUGACAAUCAUUCUGCGAGUAGACGUCGCCAUGUUUAAUUGACGUAGAGGUAGUUGUGUGUACGAGUCUUUUUCCGUUUUGUGCGAUGAAUUAGUUUCACACGUCAACUUCUAACAUGUUAUAGCUUUAAAAACCUGCUGCCACCAUUUUUAUUGCUGUUUUUUUUUCUCCUUCCAUCUGAGCCGCAACACGUGCAGUGAUUAUUGAAGAAGUGUCUCAGUUGUAGUUAGUUAUGAAACCUUUUGCAUCCAACCCCCGUGAUUCUCUACAUCCACAGAGAUGACAUGAAUGGUCUCAAUGUGAUGUAAAUACCUGUUUGUUUGAAACGAUGAAUCUUAUUUGCAGUGACGUUUCAUCACAACAUGGUGAUUCCCUUGUUAAAGUAAACUAAUAAAAGCUGUCAAGCAA